AUGACCCCCUCCAUCGCCCCCGAACUCACCACCCCCGGCGUGCCCGCCUCCAUCCAGAACCCCUCCGUGGCCACCAACCUCUUCUCGCUCGGCCAGCGCACCGUCGCAAUUACCGGCGGCGGUCGCGGUCUCGGUAUCGUUCUCGCGAACGCCGUGCUCGAAGCCGGCGGCGACGUCGCCUGCAUGGACCUGAUCGAGCCGAGCACCGAAUGGGCGGCGUUGCAGAAACUCGCGACGGCGCGCGGUCUGCAGGCGACGUACACGAAAUGCGAUAUUUCGGAUGAAGCGGCGACACAGGCCGCGUUGGAGGCGAUUGCCGCGGAGGGCUUGAGACGGGGGAUGCCGUUGCGUGGCGCGAUCACUUGCGCGGGUAUUCAGCAGAUGGUGCCCGCUUUGGAGUAUCCGAUUGAUGGGUGGAGGAAGAUGAUGGAUGUUAAUGUCAUUGGAACUUUUAUUCCUGCGAAACACUGCGCGCGGAUCUUCAAGGAGCAGGGCACCCCUGGAAGCAUUGUUAUGAUUGCUUCAAUGUCGGGGCAGAUUGCGAACCGGGGUCUCACCUGCUCGGCCUACAACUCCUCCAAGGCCGCCGUGCACCAAAUGUGUCGCUCCGUCGCCCAGGAAUGGGGACAGUAUAACAUUCGCGUGAACACUCUAUCUGCUGGUUACAUCCGCACCGCUAUGACCGACGCCCUCCUUCAAGAAAAGCCCGAAGUCGAGGAGACCUGGAUGCGCGGCGCGCUGCUCGGCCGCCUCGGUGUGCCCGAGGACUUCAAGGCCCCGACGGUAUACAUGCUGGCUGAUGGCAGUGGAUUCAUGACGGGGACAGACUUGCGGGUGGACGGCGGCCACUGCGCUUCUGCUUGA